AUGGUUGCGAGUCCCUCCGGCACCGCCAGUGUCGGCGCUGCCCUUGACGCCCAGAGCGGAACCGGUCAGAAAGCCAUAGGUAUAUCAAUAUCUACAUUUAUCGCGUCACUAGCUACUGCGAUAAUCGUUUUCGCCGUCGAAUUCCUUCUCUUCCUUAUUCUCAAAGGGAAAUUGAUUCGGAUCUAUCAGCCACGGACCUACCUUGUUCCUGAACGCGAACGCACGAACCCUUCUCCGCCCGGCCUAUUCAGAUGGAUUGGACCUGUGUUCACGACUUCGAACUCCGAGUUCAUUCAAAAAUGCGGCUUGGACGCCUAUUUCUUUUUACGCUACCUACGCAUGCUCCUUAAAAUAUUCAUACCUCUUGCACUACUCAUCCUACCAAUCCUGCUCCCCGUAAACAAAGUUGACGGUAGGGAUAGCAGCCUACUCAAGGGUGCUGCUGGGGCGAGCUACAAUGUCACCGGACUGGACCGGUUGAGCUGGGGAAAUGUGAAGCCUGAAAACACGAACCGCUAUUGGGCUCAUUUGAUACUGGCAGUUAUCGUGGUUGUAUACGUGUGCGCAGUGUUCUUCGACGAGCUGCGGGGCUAUAUUCGUCUCCGACAGGCGUAUCUAACGUCCCCUCAGCAUCGUCUACGCGCCUCUGCUACUACCGUUCUAGUGACGUCCAUUCCGGAAAAGUGGCUCUCCAUCGAAGCAUUGGAUAAUUUGUUCGAUGUCUAUCCCGGAGGCGUUCGAAACAUCUGGUUGAAUCGAAACCUGGAUCAGCUGAGCGAGAAAAUAAAAUUGCGGAACAAAUUGGCCUUGACGCUGGAAUCGGCCGAAACUGAACUGAUCAAGAAAUGCAAAAAGGCACAAAUGAAAAUGGCGAAAAAGGAGGCCAGGAGAUCGGGAAAACGCUCUAAAGAUCAGAUUCAACGUGAAAAGGCAGAAGCGGAUAAACACGCAUCUCGGCUUGUUGAGAGCGCUGGUGUGAGUUCAGGAAACCCACAUGAGGUCGUACAUACUAUUCAAGAGGCAUUGAAUUCCGGCGAUGACAAUGGGUCGCGGGAACGCCAUGGUAUUAUUCCUCGGGUUGGUCAAACAGUUGGUGCUGUGGGAUCUGAAUUCGCAAAAGUUGGACAUACCGUACUUGGAGGCCUGAGAAAAGUUGGACAUAACGUUGAGGAUCGAGUGAAUACCACAGGUGGACUAGCCAUCGAGCAGCCUCAAGCCGCCCCCGAGCCACCAACGGCCAUAAAGACGACGCCAUCAGGGAGACCAACGGGGCAUCGGCAGCCUGGUGAUAGUCCUCUACGCACAUCCUUUGGAGAACUUUACGAAGAUGCUGAAGAGCGGCAAUCCGGCCUUCCCCCGGUUGAUGGAUCUUUUGACGUGCCUCCCUCUCGUUUGUCAAAGUUAUGGAGGAGGAAGUCGGCAGCACCCAUGGACAGUGCCGAUCGCCAUGGAGAUGAGUUUCCGCUUACUGUUUCAAGCCCAGUAACUCCCGUGAUGGCACCUGAUGGCGCAAAUCCCCAAGACAAAAAGGACCAAAAAAAGGAUGAGCACCAAGAAAACGAGGAAUAUCCAGUUGCUUAUAACGAAGCAUACGAGGAAGACGACUAUGGCGAGCCACUUUGGAAGAAGUAUAUCAAAGAGAAACAUCGUGAAACUAUGCGCCUUCCGAUAUUUGGCUGGAGCUGGAUGCCUUCGUUGCCCCUUAUCGGCAAAAAGGUAGACAAGAUAUACCACUGCCGUAAAGAGCUUGCCCGUCUGAAUCUAGAAAUUGAAAUCGACCAACAACACCCAGAGAAAUUUCCCCUCAUGAACUCGGCCUUUGUGCAGUUUAACCACCAAGUUGCUGCACAUAUGGCUUGCCAAUCGGUGGCUCACCACAUUCCUCAGCAAAUGGCUCCUCGGUUAGUCGAGAUCUCCCCUGACGAUGUCAUCUGGGACAACAUGUCGAUCAAAUGGUGGGAAAGAUAUUUGAGGACCUUUGGUGUUAUUGUUAUCGUAUCAGCCAUGGUCGUUGGUUGGGCAUUUCCAGUUGCUUUCACUGGACUGCUUUCCCAGCUUUCGUACCUCGAAGGCAAUUUUGUGUGGCUAAGAUGGCUUUCCAAGCUCCCGCAAUGGCUCCUUUCUGCGAUACAGGGAAUCUUACCCCCGUUGUUCCUGUCGAUUUUAAUGGCUCUCCUCCCGCUCAUACUCCGAUUCCUCUCGAAAAACCAAGGCGUUUCUACCGGCAUGGCGAUUGAACUCACCGUUCAAAACUACUUUUUCGCAUUCCUAUUCGUUCAAUUAUUCCUCGUCGUUUCCAUCUCUUCUGGCUUCUCAACCAUCUUUAAUUCCAUUAAGGAUGUGACAAGCGUACCCGAGCUUCUGGCUACCAACAUUCCAAAGGCUAGCAACUACUUUUUCUCGUACAUGGUUCUCCAGGCUAUGUCAGUCAGUGCUGGUGCUCUGGUCCAAAUUUUUAGCUUAGUGAGCUGGUUUAUACUCGCGCCUAUCUUUGAUAACACUGCGAGAAUGAAGUGGGCGAGAACAACAAAUCUUAACCAGAUGCAAUGGGGGACAUUCUUCCCGGUAUACACCACCCUCGCGUCGAUCGGGCUGAUUUAUUGCAUCAUAUCACCGCUUAUCAUGGUCUUCAACGUGCUCACCUUCACCUUGUUUUGGGUGGUAUAUCGGUAUAAUACCCUUUAUGUAACAAAAUUCCGGUUCGAUACCGGCGGGUUACUAUUCCCCAAAGCUAUAAAUCAACUUUUCACCGGAGUAUACGUCAUGGAGGUCUGUCUCAUAGGCAUGUUCUUCCUUGUCCGUGACCAGAACGGAGACGUUGCUUGCGAAGGUCAAGCAAUAUGCAUGAUAAUCCUACUUUUUGCUACGAUUCUCUUCCAAUUUCUUCUAAAUCAAGCCUUCCGCCCAUUGUUCCGAUAUCUGCCGAUAACACUGGAGGACGAAGCCAGUCGUCGAGAUGAGGAGUUUGCACGGGCCCAGAGGCGCAGACUCGGGCUAGAAGAUGAAGAAGACGAGCAGGACGUGGACAACGUUGAUGACAAAAGAGGCGAACGAGAGAAUGAAAUUGAAUUGAACCGUAUCAGUGGCAAGAAAACUCAGAAGAACGCACUCAGUCGCCUAAUUCCGGGGAAAGCCAAUGCGAGACGUCGAUCCUGGGCAGACCCAUCACGGAAACGGAGGUCCGCGUAUUUUGGGGGCAGAUCAGAUCCGAACAUGCCUACCAUUCGGCGCAUGCGCGAAAAACUAGCCAAAGAUGCAGAGGCUCAAGCCCCAGCGACCAACGCGAUCAGCCACGCCCUAUUUUCCGGAAUCCACGAUGAGCUGGAAGAUCUCACCCCUGACGAACGUGACCAGCUUGUCCAACGCGCUUUCCAACACGAGGCGAUUCGUACGAAAAGGCCCGUUGUCUGGAUUCCACGAGAUGAUUUGGGUGUCAGCGAUGACGAAGUGUUCCGCACGCAGCGGUUCAGCAAACACAUCUGGAUCAGUAAUGAGUAUCAGGCGCUAGAUGGACGAUGCCGUGCUAUCUUUAGUCGGAGUCCCCCAGAUUUUUCGGAAAUCGAUCUCAUUCAGCUUUGA